AUGAUUGUACCAAAGCUAAUAACUAAUGAAGAGCUUAAUGGAAGUUUUAGAUAUCAACAACUUAGUUUUCAUAGUUCGUAUCUAGAAUUAGUGCAGAAUAUUGGGAUAGACAUGAGGGAUAUGAAAUGGUCAUUAUCCAGCUUGGACCCUGUUAUCGCGUCUCUGCUUUGUGAUCCAAACCCGAACUCCCCAGCGAAUUCUGAAGCAGCUCGCAUGUUCAGUGAGAAUAAGCGGGAGUACAACAGAAGAGUGCAUGAAAUAGUGGAGCAGAGUUGGACUGCCGACUGA